CCGCGUCCAACCGCAGCGCCCCCACAAAAAACGACCACGCGAGGACCGUGAAGCGGGCGCGGCGGAACCGAUGCCAAGGAUUCCUCGGCGCGAUGUGUGCGCAGAGUGCCCGCGCCGCCCCUCAACCCGUCGCCACCGAGCGCACACCCCAGGCGACCACGUUGGCAGAGUUCGCGGCAGGGGCAGGGCAGGAGGCACGCAAAACCACGCCGUGGUUCAUGAACAGCUUGUGUUUGAGGGGGCGCCGGAACGCUGCUUCCCCGCGCGGCCCGACAAUCCAAAUUCGGUCUUGGGGGUUGGGGGCGCCCGGGCUCUUUUUUAG